GUAGACGGAAUCGUCACUGGUGGAAUGUAACGUAUAAAAACUCCAUUACCCACAAUCCCUCUCUCCAGCCAACCCCCAACUGUGGAGCUCUUGGUGUGAAACUCAAAUCACGGGCGGGAGAAGACCGAGGCGGACGUGAGGCAGCGCCGAGUAGGAAAGUUUAGGCCUUUAACCCGAAACUACAGUUUUAAAUUGAUGUUUAAUCGUGAACUUAUUUCUGGAUGAUCCGAGAAAAACUCGUGACGGUAAAUUUGCUCGUUAAGGUCGAAGCGGAGGCGGUCAAAAAGCAGCGCCUGAACUCGGCGAGGACAGAAGUGAUUCAACAGUUUAACGAUGACGCAGAGGGGGGAGAAGCGCAAACUCUGGACGGAGGAGGAGGCUUCAGACAGCAGAGGUCCCACCUGGGAGAGCCAGCGGCAGUUUGUGUUCGCAGUUUCCCUCAACAAGUAUCGGUGUGGCCAGCAGCUGCGCGAGCCCAGCCUGCGGCGGUCCGUCCUGAUAGCCAACACCCUGCGGCAGAUCAGCCUGCAGGUGUCUGCGGAGGUGUCGCAGCCUCCAGGUACCUCUUCACCUGCACUGUCAGCAAGUAUUGUCGCUGCAGCAAAACGGCACUCUGCUGUAACGGUUGACGGCUGCUCAGCUCUUGCCAGCUGCCCCGCGGUUUCCUUAAAUUACUCAUCAGAUUCUUCUGAAAAGACGAGUUACUCAAGUGAAUCAAAUUUCCACAUCACUAUAGAAGAUGAUGACGACUGGGGAUCGAUGGCCACUGAUACUGAUUCAUCUCUUUCAGUUGUCAUUUCCUCUAUUCUUGCUGCACUGGACUCUACUAUAGACGGGAAUCCUCAGGCAGCUUCACGGACACCCCUCAGGCCCCUGGAGAACAUGUCGAGGCCCUAUGAGGGAGGUGUGACAUUGGUAAAUCAUGGAGACAGCAGGGAGCAGCAGGAGGACAGCAGCAUGGAGGUAAUGAGGUCCAGCUACCUUGGUGAUUUCACUGUGGAGGACUUGUUCCAGGAUAUAGACACGUCCCUGGUGGACGUGGACAUGGGCGGGAUUGGGCACAGAAGCACUGAAGGUGGACACGCAGUUGGGGACAACCUCUUUCUGUACCUGCCACCUUUCUCCCCCCACUCCCCUUUCUCCCCACACUCUUUGACACCCUCCUCCCAAAAAGCCCAGCCUGCUCUGAUUGGCCAGUUGGCAUGAUGGCGGCGAGGCGGCGCUGACUCCGUUCAGUAACCGUCGUGAGCCCUCUAAGAGCCGUCGACUGCCUUAAAACAGUGUUUCUGAGUGUGGUAACUGCGGUGCGACUACUUGUUUAAACAAACUUUGUGUUUUGGUCGUCAUAUCAGAAUUUAGAUGUUGUUUUUAUGAAUGUCCUUCACACAAACCUACAGAGCUCCCGAAGUCCCGUAAGGGUUUUAAUUUAUAGUUUUAAUUCUUGUGCACACAAUUUUUUAUUUUUUUUUAAUGUGUAAACAGGACAAAUUAGUUUCUAAGAAAAAAAAAAAUCCCCUUACUGGAGCUGAGGGUCUCUGUAUAUCACGAUGAUUAUUUACAAAGUAAUACAUAUAAAAUAACUGCAGAUGGAUUUUACCUUACUUCACAGUUUGAUGAUGAUUCCAAGGGGGCAGAAGCAUAAGCUCUCACCAGAGGAUGCGGAGGUCUUCCUCCUCCUCGUCCUCCUCUCAGUCCAAGUCUGAUGCGCCUUCCUUCGCCCUCUUCCUCCGUCCCAGUAUCCUCCUCUUCCUCUUGUCAGAAUGAUGUGAGGGAACGGUUUUAUUGUGAGCAUCUCAUGAAGAUCCUAGUUGAGACCUUUUAACUUUAUCAUAAACUCAGGUAGACUUUGCAUAGCUUGCCGUUACCUGCUCUGUUUUUACUCGGACAUUACGCAGACCUUUACCCCCCGGCACAGGUAAAGGUCAUAUCUGAUAUUUGUGUUCUUGAUGCAAAAACCUGCUGAGUGAUGCUGAGGACAUUCAGGGCUGCAGUGCAUGUGUGAGUUCCCGUGUUUCCAAUGUAACUGUGGGGACAUCCACAUUAAUACAGCUCAGUUUUACUAUGUUUGCACCUAGCAUCCACACUGCACUGAGACGUUUAUAAAUGCAGUCUUAGUUUGAACAUUUCUGUGAUUAUGUUUGAAUCUGAAUGGGUGGGAAUGAUGGAUCCAUCACAUCCGGGCCCAGGUACCACUUUGAGGUUUCAUUUCACUGUUGUGGUUUUAUAAUGUGCCAAACCACCAUUUUUAAAUCCGUGCUCUCUGCCUGCUCUGAGCACGGGUGCAGGCUGUCUCAGUGCCAACCAGCCAACCUGAUGUGUUUACCUGCAUGUUAGCUCAAACCAGUGGUUCUCAAACUGUGGCACAGACAAC